CUUAUCGAAACCUCGCUCCUAAAUAUCCCAUCGUCGUCGCCUGCCAUCUGCCGCCGGCCCGCCGCCACCACUGCACCGCACACUAGCUAGUAGCUACUAGCUAGACGACCGGCCGGAGAUGGAUCCGGUGUGGUUAGACUUAGAGUGGUUCCACAUGGACGGGGCGGAGCUCGCCAACCGCGGCCGUCGACCGGAUCAUCUUGAUGAUGAGGACGAUCUCUAUGUAGCCUUGGCCUUGGCUCCCUACGUUGAUCGCCACCGGCCUCGAACCCGUCCCCGAUCCCCAUCCCCAUCCCCAUCCCCGCCCUCACACGAGGAAGCCGGGGACGACGCUGCUACUGCUCGCAACAACAAGCGUGCUUGCAUCCCCGCUUACAGCGAAGCCAUCCUGGGGCUCAAGGAGGUGGUGCCAACCGCUAAGCACGACGACGACGACUGUGCCAUCUGCCUCAACCCAUUGGCCGAUAUCGCUGGUCCUGAUCACAAGAAGGACGACGCGUCAGCUACGUCGAUGCUUCGGGCCAUGCCCUGCUCCCACAUCUUCCACCAGCACUGCAUCUUCCAGUGGCUCCAUCGCAACACCGUCUGUCCUCUCUGUCGCUACCAGCUGCCCACCACUUUCGAGGACGAGGACACUGAAGUCGAGAAGGACGAGGAGGAGAUGGACAACUCAAAUUCUCGAUUGAAUCAGAUUAGACGACGACUGCAGAUCUUGUACAACUAAAAAAUUCAGCCAAAUUAUUUACCGAGUGUUUUUAGGUACACCAGUACAAAGAAACACCGUAGCAAAUUGAUUUAUAUUGGCAAUUCAGUUAAGAGAACCACUAGUACAAAUCCAUUGUAUGAAACAUAAACUAGGGUUUAAAAACAGCAAAAUCUUAUUUCAGUUGUGUUUAGAUUGCAAUUUUGUUGCCCACAUAUUAGAACGUACAAAGUGAGUAUAAAUUGUUUGU